CAUGCUUAUCCCUUCGCGCGAAUAUUUUGUUUUGUGGAAAACCUUAAAAAUUAAUAUUUUCAUAUUACUAAAUAAACGUUUGGCGAAGAUUUAACUUAUAAUAAUAAAUUAGAAAAAUUAUGGCUUCAGAUUCUGACUCUAAUGAAAAUGGCACGGAAUCUAAUGAUUUGUUUAGUCAUGAUUCACAAUCACAAAAAUAUAUUUGUGCAGAUAGUUUAUCAGCUGAAAACUAUUUUUUAACUAAUGGUUCUGAUAACAGCAUUACAUCUGAUGUUAAUCCUAGUGAUAAAAAUAAGUUGCAUAUGGAAUCCAAAGCAGAUAAAGGAAGUGAGAAUUCAACUGGUAUUCAGAAAGUGAAGGAUACAUAUGUGUUAAAUAAGUCAAGUCCUCGAAGUGUAGAUAACAUUACACUGUCAUCUAAAAAUGACCAUGCAAGUUUUGUUGAAAAAGAUGAUUUUUUAUCAUCUGGAGCCGCUAUUUCAGAUCGAAGAGACAACCCUUGUCCAUCUGAAAACAGUUCCGUUUCAUCUAUUCAAGAAAUAAAAAAAGAAGAUACUAAAAUUAAAUUACUGCGUAUUGUAUCCAAUCAAUUUAAAGGAAGCCCUACACAUAAUGGUGUACAGUUUAGAGAGCGGGAGGGUACUAAUCAAGAUGUAUUUCAGUUGUGGGAACUUUUCCAUUCAAAUAAUUAUGAAGUUAAAAUUUAUGAUAAUAAAACUGUGAACAACAUACGUGAUUUAAUCUUAAUGGAGUCUCCCAGUUUAAAGUUAGAUCAGACUGUUGGUUUAUAUGUUAUUGUUAUUUUAUCACAUGGUUUUAAUGGUGGUGUUUAUGGAAGUGAUUGUAAGAAACUGAGUUUUAGACAAAUAAUUGCUGCAAUGAAUAUGAAUAAAUGGCUUAUUGGUGUAACAAAAGUGGUUUUCAUCCAGGCUUGCCAGGAUAAUGAAAAAAAUGUAAUUUAUCCAUUCUCUGUUUUGAGAUAUUUAACUGACUGCUUGGCAACUGACUGCUUGGCUAAAAAAUCGGAUGUUUUAAUUUCUGUAGCUGCGAUGCCUGGUCAAUCAGCUUAUCUUCGAAAUUAUUUUGGUUCGCCUUACAUUGAACACCUAUGUCGUUUAAUUCGAGAAUAUGGAGAAAAAGAGCCAUUACAAGUUAUUUUAAAACGCCUUGAAAAAUAUUUUAGUGAAAUAUCAAUCAAAAUAGAGCCAAAUACAUUGAAGCAAAUACCAACGACACUUGGUUCUUCAAAAUAUAUUUGGAUAUAACAGUUGUGUCAAUUAAGCAAAAUUUCUUUCUUGAAAAAACAGUAGAAAAAAAUAUUUUUAUUGCAUUGUAUUUUUGAUACAAUUAAUUAGUUUUACACUAUUAAUAUAGUAUUAUUAUUACUAUUAAUAUAUUUAUGUCUAUAUUGAUAUAUUGUAUUAGGUAUUUGCUUUAUAUUAG